UUAACAUGUUAUCUAUUCUGGUUUUACAUGGGAUUCUAUUGGAGGCUCUUAUGAUUUGAUACUGUAAAUGAUUGGGUGUAUUUACAUGUGACUUUCAAGUGAUGUACAGUAUACCUAUAUUAAACUGAAGUUGCCAAAUCUAUUUCACUCCAUGUGUAACAAUUAGUUAAACAUGAAAACUCAGAAGAAAAAUAAGAUGGUGCUAGUUAGAUGGCAGGGGAACGGAUCAUCAGAUUAUGAUGGGAAAGAACAUUAUGUCAAAAAAAACAGUUUAGUUAACCAAGACACUCAAGUUGGCGAGGAAGUUAUAGUUAAAUGGUUUUCAAAAAAAUGGAAAGGCGUUCUCAUUAAGGAUGUAAAGGAAGGAGUUCUGAUUAAGGAUGUAAAGGAAGGAGUUCUGAUUAAGGAUGUAAAGAAAGGAGUUCUGAUUAAGGAUGUAAAGGAAGGAGUUCUGAUUAAGGAUGUAAAGAAAAAGGUGAAAAGAAAAGAAAGUACCGGUAAAAAAAAAGGGGGAUUAAAGCAAAAAGAGAAAGAAAAAGAAAAGGGAAAGAUUUUAUGCAUUGGGAAUUCUAGAGAAGAUCGAACAAAUCUGCAACAUGCUUCUAGCACCAGUGGACAAAGGUCACCAGUAGCUAAGGGGCAGACCAUUCAGACCCUUCAGACCAGAAAGUCUUCCCCUACUUUAAAGACGCCGACCAGGAAGAGGCAAAGCAUUCAAUUAGAAUUGUCACCUUCAGAACAAUAUACUAGCACCGGUGGACAAAGGUCACCAGUAGCUAAGGGGCAGACCCUUCAGACCAGAAAGUCUUCCCCUACUUUAAAGACGCCGACCAGGAAGAGGCCUAGCAUUCAAUUAGAAUUGUCACCUUCAGAACAAUAUACUAGCACCAGUGGACUAUGGUCACCAGUAGCUAAGGGGCAGACCCUUCAGACCCUUCAGACCAGAAAGUCUUCCCCUACUUUAAAGACGCCGACCAGGAAGAGGCCUAGCAUUCAAUUAGAAUUGUCACCUUCAGAACAAUAUACUAGCACCAGUGGACAAAGGUCACCAGUAGCUAAGGGGCAGACCCUUCAGACCCUUCAGACCAGAAAGUCUUCCCCUACUUUAAAGACGCCGACCAGGAAGAGGCCUAGCAUUCAAUUAGAAUUGUCACCUUCAGAACAAUAUACUAGCACCAGUGGACUAAGGUCAACAGUAGCUAAGGGACAGACCCUUCAGACCCUUCAGACCAGAAAGUCUUCCCCUACUUUAAAGACGCCGACCAGGAAGAGGCCUAGCAUUCAAUUAGAAUUGUCACCUUCAGAACAAUAUACUAGAGUAACUAAGAUAUGGUCGCCCAUAGACUGCAUAUCGCCACAAAGUAAAAAUCAGUCCUUACACCUUGUAUGGCCCCCUCAAGAUCAGUACACUUUUGCUGACGACAAGGCUGUAACCACAUCUUCAUAUCAUAGUAGCACCAGUGGACUAUGGUCACCAGUACCGAAGGUGCCUAAGGGGCACACAUCACUUGGGCACCUUAAGACCAGGAAGACGCCUAGCAAAUUUGAAUUGUCACCUUCAGAACAAUAUACUAGCACCAGUGGACUAUGGUCACCAGUAGCUAAGGGGCAGACCCUUCAGACCCUUCAGACCAGAAAGUCUUCCCCUACUUUAAAGACGCCGACCAGGAAGAGGCCUAGCAUUCAAUUAGAAUUGUCACCUUCAGAACAAUAUACUAGCACCAGUGGACUAUGGUCACCAGUAGCUAAGGGACAGACCCUUCAGACCCUUCAAACCAGAAAGUCUUCUCCUACUUUAAAGACGCCGACCAGGAAGAGGCCUAGCAUUCAAUUAGAAUUGUCACCUUCAGAACAAUAUACUAGCACCAGUGGACUAUGGUCACCAGUAGCUAAGGGGCAGACUCUUCAGACCAGAAAGUCUCUCCCUACUACAAAGGCGCAAACUAGGAAGACGAAUACACCUAGCAAAUUAGAAUGGUCUCCGUCAGAACAAUAUACUGGUCAAGCGCAGAAAUGUUUAUAUGGCACUUAUACAGCAUCCCCUCAAACCUCACCCAUAACAGAAAAGGAAUACAAAGUGUAUAAGCCUUUGACCAAAUUGUUUCAAGAUUCAGGUGAAGGACAUAAGUUUCAAUUUGGGAGCAUGUACCAGCCUCCGCCUCAGGCAGUAUCUGAAAAAAGAAUUGGACAGAAUCAGACCAUCCCAAAACAGCUGUUUCAAGAUUUAGGUGAAGACUCAAGACAAAAAUCACAAGGAAAAAUGGCCAUUAGCAUAAAGGAGACUUUACAACAGCGACAAUGGUCGCUCAUUCCAAAAUUAAAAGGGGCACCUGCCCUAGCAAGGGAACUCUUAAAGAAGAUGGUGCCAGAGGAAGAACUUUUUAAAGCUUCUUUUUCUGGCAAAAACAAAGAUGGAAAUAAACUGAAUGAUGUCCAGAUGGAAAUGAUAAAAGAGACAGUAUGUGAUGUGUAUUCUUGUGACUCCCAUACUGAAAUGAAAUGUCUAUGGAAGAUGUGCAAAACAUCUCUUGUACAGAUGCUUAAACACACACGUACUAAAGGAUGUAAAAACACAGUUGUUCCUAAGUUUUAAUCAGCCUCAAUUGUCAAUUGGACCAAGCUACGUUUUACUGGGCCAAAAUAAACAUAUGAUUUAUUAAAAAUAUAUAUUUCAAUAUAGGGUACCAGUAUAUGUUUUGAAUGCACAAAUUGACACCUUACAUUGUAUUUAA